AUGAGUAGCCAGCUUCUCCAGGAUAAUGCUGUGGGAAACAGUGCCAAGGGCUCUACUAAGGUCCAGGUAGACAAUACUCACAGCCUUUCCCUCAUCCACCAAGCCGGUCACCUUGUCAUAGAAGACCAGGCUGAUCAAGCAGGACCUGCCUUUCGUAAAUCCAAGCUGGGUUUAGGAUGGCACGGAAUGGCACUCAACACAAUCCCAGGCACUGAGGGCCGGGCGGGGACAGCGCCCCGAGGGCUCAGCCCGGUCCCGGAACUCACCUGUGCGCCUUCCUCUGCCCCCGCCAGCGCUGCCGCGGCUCUUCCGCCUCCUCCGCCGGGCCGCCGAGCUGCGCCCCGUCCCCAGGGCAGUGAGGGAGCCGUGAGGGGCGAGGGGCGCCCGCGCAUACGGGGCAGUCGCGCUCCCUCCUCACCGCCUCCCUGCCCCGGCUCCCCGGCUCCUCAUCCCCGCUACGAGGCACCCCCGGCUUCCUCGUCCUCCCCCUCCCCGCUGCCCAGCACCUGCCUCCCCUCAGCCGCGUCGGCGCCGGGACCACGUCUCCCUCCAACCCUGCCCGCCCCGUCCCUCACUCGCUGCCCCCGGCCGGUCCCCCCGCCACCGCCAUCUUUUCCGGGAGGGGAGAGGGGCGCGCACGCGCGGCCGCGGCGAACACGGGCCUGCAGCGGCGGCCGCGCGCAGGCGCGGGGACGCGCCUCACCCCACCCCGGGAUCGCGCACCUGAGGGGGCACGGUGGGCCCGAGCCUCAGAUGGAGUGGGUUAGUCGAGAGAUCCUGCUAGAGUCUGUCACAGGAAGCUGUCAAACCACAAGUGUUCGUGAGUGUUAAACACAUAUUAAGGGAAGUUGCUACAUACUGAUAAAUAGCUGAGUCUGUGCAUUUUGUGUUUUGAUAUUGUUUGUACUGCUUGUUUUAGUAAUGAAUUUUUCCUGGGGUUUUAAUAUAAUUUUUAAUUGCAA